AGAGAUGGUCGUUCGAUGGCUCCAAGAUGUCGUGAACUUGGUUCAAAGACUAUUGUUUGAACCAUCUCAGAUGUUGAAAGUAGGCUUUCUAUGCCUUCUUGCUGAGUCAUUCAUUAAUGUUCUAAUCGUUGAGAAAGUGAAAUAUACUGAAAUAGACUGGAAAGCGUACAUGGACGAAGUUGAAGGGUUUAUCAAUGGUACCUAUGAUUACACUCAGCUGAAAGGGGAAACUGGACCUCUUGUCUAUCCAUCUGGAUUUGUGUAUGUCUUCACUGGACUUUACUACAUAACUAACCAAGGAGCCAACAUCAAACUUGCUCAGUAUCUGUUUGGGGUGUUGUAUCUUGUCUUCUAUGGACUCAUUGUCUUGAUACUGAAGAAAACAGAAGCAGUUCCGCCUUUCGCAUUGCUCUUCUUUACCUUUGCUUCCUAUCGUGUCCAUUCAAUUUUUGCUCUGAGGCUAUUCAACGACCCUGUGGCUAUGCUCUUUCUCUAUUUGGCUAUCUACUUUUUUAUCCAAAAGAAGUGGUUCAUUGGAUGUGCUAUAUUCAGCUUUGCAGUUUCCAUAAAAAUGAAUAUCAUGCUGUUUUCUCCUGGCUUGCUUUUCAUACUCAUGGUUGAAGAAGGAUUCAUACAAACAUGCAUCUACAUAUCUCUUUGUGGCACAAUACAACUGCUGCUCGGCUUACCAUUCUUAUUGGAAAACCCAUAUGGCUACAUAAAGAUGUCAUUUGACCUUGGAAGGCAGUUCUUCUUCAAAUGGACUGUCAACUACAGAUUCCUUCCUGAAAAUGUGUUCCUGUCUAGGUACUUCCACAUUUGCCUCCUUGCAGUUCACAUCGGACUCCUCAUUGCAGUCUUCAUGCUGAGAUGGAGAAAGCUAACCAAACCUCUGGAUGCCAAAUCCAUCCUCCUUAUCUUGUUCAGUAGUAAUUUCAUUGGAAUUGCUUGUGCUAGAUCACUUCAUUACCAAUUUUACAUCUGGUACUACCACACCCUUCCUGCACUGUUUUUCUCUACAAAGCUCCCAGUUCCCCUUGUCAUGCUGAUGUUGGGAUGUAUUGAGCUCUGUUGGAACACGUACCCUUCAACUGUACUGAGUAGCUCAGUGCUCCAGAUAUGUCACCUGAUUGGGGCAGUUGCAUUGCUCCUGCCUCCAAGGACUGAAAAAAGAAAAAUAUCUUAGAAUUAGAUCUUUAAAUUUUGGUUUGUUAAAAUUAAUUAACAGUAAUGGUAAUAGCUUGAUCUUCUCGAUUGUUUGAUUUCAUUUGAUUUCGUUGAAUUUUUCAAUUGCAUUGCAAUGAUAUUUGCCAACGAUUGAUUAAGAAAAUUAUGUUUUGAUAUUUGUGCAGUUUUUCAUUUGAAGGUUUUAGCAUUACAUAGCAUGAUGUUCUUUUUACGAUUUACCUUAAUAAUUGUCAAUUUGCUGUGAUUCCUUUUAACAAUCUUACCUAAUUUUUAGAAUUCAAGGUUGAAAUUUGGGAUUUUUUUUUCAUAUUUAUAUUAUAUAGAGUUAGAACAUAACACACAAAUUUCAUUUCACAUGACAUGUAAUGAUUAUAACUAUUUUUUCAAGAUCAAGAAUAGUAUAUAUUUUGUUCUUAAAACAUUGCUAUAAUAUGGAGUGGUAGUACUUUCUUGAUUUUAUCUCAUUAUCA